AUGGUGCAGGUGUUCCGGGUGGAGGUGCUGUGCAAUGGCCGGCGGCACACGGUGGCGAAGCGCUACAGCGAGUUCCAGGCGCUGCACAAGCGGAUCAAGAAGACCUGCAAAGUGCCUGACUUCCCCCCGCGCCGUGUCCCCAACUGGAUGCCCAAAGUGCUGGAGCAGCGCCGGCAGGGCCUGGAGCUCUACAUCCGGGGUGUCCUGUACCACAACGAGGAGCUGCCCCAGGACGUGCUGGACUUCCUGAAGGUGCGGCGUUGCCAGCAGGACCCCAAGGCCACCAGCCCCCCCACCAUCCCCCUGCCCUCCCAGCGGCCCGUUGUCGGCUUCUGCACCGACCCCUACGCACGGCCACCAGGCACCGACCUGCUGCCUGACACAGUCCUCAGCGGGGUGCUGCAGGGCCUCUACAUCCCCCUGAGCUGCGUCCCCCCCUGGCCAGCACCCCCAGCCCCCAGCCCGCCGGGGUCCUGAGAGCCCACCCAGCGCCCGGGGGGGCGCAGGAAGGAUCCCCACGGUAAGAACCACCUCCGUGGGGCAGCCGGAGCCGGGAUGGGGCAGGAAGAGGGGCUGGGCUCCAGGCCAGCGCUGAGCACUCACUGCCACCCCAAGUGCCUCCGUUGGGAGGGGGUGGUUCCACCGUCCUCUCUGGGGGGGCUGGAGGGAGCCCUGGGGGGCUGAACCCCCCUGGAAAAACCCCUCGGGGUCCAGACUUUGGUGCAAUAAAUCACUCGGGUUUGACUGGCAAAA